CAUCUCUCUCUCUCUAUAAAUCUCCAACUUUCUCUUCCAUCUAUUUCACAAAAUCUAGCUAGCUAGCUUCUCUCAUAUAUCAACUAAAAUAUGUAUGCUUUGGAUCAAUUUCAGCUUCUUCAUCAGGAUCAUCAGAUGACAAUGAAGAUGGAUCAUAUGACAACAAGGAAGAGAGAGACAAAAAAGACGUCGCCGUCGCCGCCGAGGGAGGAAGAUAAAGUUCAUGUUGUGGACUUGCAUGGCAUGUCUUUGGACUCACUUCCAAAACUUUCUCUUGAUUUAGCUAUUAUUUCCAAGCUCAAUUUAUCUAACAAUAAUCUCCAGAACAUUCCGGAGUCAUUAACAGCAAGAUUAUUAAACUUGGAAAUGUUGGACGUGCACUCCAACCAGCUUAGAUCCCUACCCAAUUCCAUUGGUUGUCUCUCUAAACUCAAAGUUUUGAAUGUCUCUGGAAACUUCAUCCAAUCCCUCCCUGCAACCAUUGAGAAUUGCAGAGCCUUAGAAGAACUGAAUCUCAACUUCAACAUGUUGAGCAAACUUCCAGACACAAUAGGCUUUGAGCUCAUAAAACUCAAGAAGCUUGCAGUGAACUCCAAUAAGCUGGUGUGUCUUCCUAGAUCCACCUCUCACAUGAUGACUCUUAUGGUUCUCGACGUACGUUUGAACUGCCUCAGGAGUCUCCCCGACGACCUUGAGAACCUCGUCAAUCUUGAAACCCUGAAUGUGAGUCAGAAUUUUCGGUACUUGGAGUCAUUGCCCUACUCCAUAGGACUCCUCUUGUCCCUAGUUGAACUAGAUGUUAGCUACAACAAUAUCAAAACAUUGCCCGACUCCAUCGGAUGCCUCCAGAAGCUCCAAAAGCUAAGUGUGGAGGGAAACCCACUCAUUUCGCCUCCACAGGAGGUGGUGGAGCAGGGAUUGCAUGUGGUAAAAGAGUACAUGUGCAACAAAAUGAACUCAAGCCAUCAUAUCCCAACCAAAAAGAGAUGGUGGAUGGUGAAAUGUGGGACCUUCAAUGGAGAAAUGAAACGUUCAGAACAUAAGGGUUUCCACAAGCUUCAUUAUCAACCCAUGAAUGGUCUUGCUUCACCAGGCUUCAUGGGGAGGUUGUCGCCUCUUCGUCUCUUCUCACCCCGUCGUUCCUUAAGUUGAGAAGCCACAAAAAUAAUUUUGUAAAUUAUCUGUAUAUAAUCCUUGCCAGUUGAUUAGUUUUAAUAGCUGUGUUGCUUUUGAAUUCAAACAAUCAGGAUAUGGCUACUGUAAAGGUGAAUAAUUGCUGGUUAGAGAUAUGCAUGCAGAAAAUGUACGUGUGUAUCAUGGAUUUGAAAAUGGUGGGUCUGUAAAACUAAGUAAACAUGUUCAUGUGAAACUUCUGAUGUAAUAUUUUUUUUUUUGAAGAAUUCCUCUGAUGUAAUUAAUAGCUCAUAACGGGUUCAUUUUAUACUUCUUUCAGUUUUA